UGCUCAGUGAGGAUGCCCAGCGCUUGAACCACCACAGCGCGCUGACAUCUGCGCAUUUUUUUGUUUUGACGUUUUUUUUCUUCUUCUUUCUGUUCAUCCCCGCAUUUGUGAGCGUGUUUCUUUUGCGGAUGAUUUUGAAAGAAACACAGACACAAGAAUGAUGUCGGCUGGGGAGGAUUUUAACGUCGCAUUGAAUUGCAUAUUGGUUUUCAAUAAGAUCUCGCACCGGCCAGUCUACAGCGAUCCUCGGUAGUACAGUGCGCCGUUUAUCCCCCUAAAAAUGGAAGACCUUUCACGUCAAGAAAAGGCGUCAGUCCGGUGAUCGGCGUCUGAAUAUCUAAUUUUUUAUUUCCACGUCAAUUGACACAUCUGGGAAAGGAUUCAUUUCCCUUCCCUCCUGUUUACCAAGACAGCUGUGUCAUCAACAACCGGCGUGGUUUUGUUGUUGUCUGAUUUUUUUACGAGUCUGGGCAACUGGUUUAGGCGAUCGGCACAGUCUACCUCUGCGCCAGCCGUAGACUCUACAGCUAUCAAGGAGGGCUGCCCGUGACAUACAUUGCCAUCCCCUGAGUCCUCUUCUAUACCAUGAGCUCUGGCUCUGCCCAGGAUGUGGCAGUCGAGCAUUUCCUGCGUGACAUAGAGAGGCGAAGCAAGCGGCUACACUGCGCUGUGAUAGGCUGCGAGGAGGAGCGAUCCCACAGCGACAUGAACCUGCUGUAUCGUAAGAGCCGGUUGGACUGGAGGCAGAGAGACCAAGAGGGAAGUAAAAAGAGCUCCACGCAAAAUGACCCAUCAGCUACUGUUGGCAAAGUCAGAGACCUGGCUUCUUUCCGACGGCACUUCCGAAUGGGUUUCAUGACCAUGCCUGCCUCCCAGGACCUGUCCCCUCACUCCUGUGCCUCUGCCAUGGCGCCGCGCUCGCAGUCCUGCCACGCUGUCGGAGCCGGAGAUACAAGUCUAGAGAAUGGAGAUUACUCAGACACCCAAUCUCAACACGGCGGCCGCUGCCCUCCAGUCAAACCCAAACGCCACCCCAGUACUCGCCUGAGCUCCUCGUCUGCUGACAGCAGAGGACCUCCUCCUGAGACACCACCUCCGCCUCCACUCACUCACUCCCAGGCAAAACACUCAGAGAAAAAGAAUGCCAUGAAGAAGUCUGACUCUGGAGAGAUUGGAACAAAGAAGGUGCCUCCUUUAAAGCCCAAGAGAAGUCCCAGCACCCAGCUUUCCUUUGACCCUCUUCCUCCACGUGUGCCUCCUUCUGCCACAUCAAUGCCCUUUCAGGCAUCAGACUCUCAGAUUCAGACAGGAGAUGGGGAUGAUGAGCCAGUCUAUAUAGAAAUGGUGGGCCAAGUGUUCACCAGAGACAGUCAGACGGCCACACCCCACCCUGUAACCCCUGUGGCCACAACACCAGACUCUGACUCAGACCAGAGUGAGGCAAUCUAUGAGGAGAUGAAAUACCCAAUGCAGGAGGACAGGGAGUCCCACAGACACCUCCCUUCCAAACACGAGAAACUGAAAACCUCUAAACACUUUCAUGUGACACCUUCUUCUGCCAGCAGCUCCUCUUCGCUGCCACGCCCAUCUUCUUCUUCCCCUUCCUAUUCCAAACCUAAAGCUACUGUAUCAAUCUCCCAUUCAUCUCCUCUGCCUGCCUCUGCAUCCUCCACCCCAGUGCCCCAGGUCCUUUCUGCCAGCCCCCACACGCCACGAGCUCCUACACCCUAUCUGCUGCAAGGGAAUAAAUCGGAGCAAGAAUCAAACACAAAGAUCCCGGCGCCUUUCCCCAAUCUUCUACAGCACCGGCCCCCGCUGCUCGCCUUCCCUCAGCCUGCAGCAGCCUCCAGUGGGGUCGGGGUGCAGAACAAGUCAUCUGCUUCCACUAAAAUGGGAACUCAGACAUCAAGCGCAACAACACAAGCGAGCACCUCUUCCUCGGCCUCUUCUAAUAUUCCUGUAUCCCUGUCGGGCUCCAAGGAAUCAUCAGGAGGCAGUGCAGCGCAGCAGGACAAGCACAGCAGAGACGCCCAGUUAGGCCCAGCUCCUGGACUGAGAGCCAGGAGUCAUUCCACACCCCUGCCUCCUUCCUCUAAAUCCACCUCCCCCUUUUCCCAUCACCAUCAUCACCCUCACCAUCGCCCCUCACACUACCAUCACUAUCGGAAGCCAGAAAGAGGAGAUUCUCCUGCGCCGACCAAGAGCAGCUCACAGGCUUCUAACCAGGCCACAGUCCAGACACAAACCUCAAGUACAGGCAAGGAGGGCAAGUCAGUUAGCUUCCUCCUGAAGUCUGACAAAGGUGAGAAGGAUAAGGACAGGGAAAAGGACAGAGACAGGGACCGAGACAGAGAAAGGGAUAGGGGUAGAGGAGACAGGGACAAGGAUAGAGAGAGAGACAAGGACAGAGAUAGAGACAGGGAUAGAGAUAAGGAUAAGGAAAAGGACAGGGAAAGAGACAGAGACAGAGACAGAGAAAGGGAUCGUGAUAGGGAAGGAGGUCCACAUUCUUUACAGUUGGACAUCACUACCAGCACGAGCAGCCAAACGCCUCAAAGCAGCACCAGCUCAACCCCCACGCCAUUAUCCUCAUCCCAGCGUCCUCACUCUCGCCCACACCUCCGUUCUCACACGCCUCACGGCCUUCCAGCGUACAAGCCGCCCUCCUCGGACAGCCCCUUGCUAUGGACCUACCCCUCCGGUGGCUUCAGGAGGCCCCCGGCUUAUGAGAGCUUGAGAGGCAGCUCUCAGACACCAUCUCUGCAGCAGCCCUCGAGUCUUACUGGUAUUGGUGAAGGUGCGUUCAAGAGCAAUGGAGGGUCUGCAUCCCUUCAGUCUAAAGUUGGUUUCAUGCCUUGGGACAGCAGUGCCAGUUUAUCUGCCGAUGACGGGUCUUACUGGCCCAUGCAGAGGAAAUUGUCCUUCAGUCACGGCAGCAGAGAGACAGAGAAGGAUGAAGGCCGGGCAUGGAACGGUAGUGCUGAUGCCCUGUUAAGGACGGACAAGGAAGAGCUUGGAAUAGGGUCUCGGGGAGGCCAUUCAGGCAUCCCAGUCCACUUCAGUGGGUCCACAAGCAGGGCUCUUGGACACAGUGAGUCACUGGCCGGUGUUGACAGCAGCCUAGGAUUCAGAGCUCUGCCCAGGGUAGGGCUGCCUCUUCCCUGCCAGACCUUUCCUGCCUGUCGCAACGGAGAAGUGGGGCGGCUGGGUCGCUCCUCCUCUGCUGCUGGAGUGAGACAGGUGGGUGGAGGAGACGUUCAGAGACAGAGCAGUCUACCAGCACGAGAAGCCCUGAAUCAGCUGCAUAGUUUGGCCCAGCCUCAAGUACCCUGCAGUCCCAGCAGUCCCAGUGGUCCCGGUGUGUCACGGCAGCAGCAGCAGCAGCUUCAGCUACACCAGCAGCAGCUGCAGUUAAAGCAGCAGCUUCAGCAGCUUCAGCAACAGCACCACCUGCAGCUGCAGUUCCAACAGCUCGCCCAGUUGGCACAGGGACAACCUGUUGUCAGUGGGGUCACCACCCCAUCCACAUCGCAGACCCAGAGAGACGGCAAGUUGCUGGAAGUCAUCGAGCGUAAGCGCUGCCUGUGCAAAGAAAUCAAGGCACACAGGCGUCCCGACAAAAGCUUGUGCAAGCAGGACAGCAUGCCCAUCCUCCCUAGCUGGAGACGGACGCCUGAACCUCGUAAGACUGGCACACCUCCCUGCCAGAGGCCACAGGCCGUUGUGUGGGACACGGCUAUCUGACGUGGAAGUCAGGCCAGCAAGUACAGCACUAGAAGAGAUGAGCUGAAGAUGGCAGAAUUAUGAAUGAGAGUAAAAAUGGAUAUAGAAACUAGAAAAUUCUUUAAAUGGCUUUGGUGAUGUAAUUACCACCAAGGAAUGGGAGACUAUGGACCAAGAAGAAAACCCUUGAUAGCAUUUUUAUUGUGUGAUAAACUGAUCUGUGAACAGUAACUGAUGAAGGGUACUGGAGACUCUGAACCCAUCUGGGGGGGAAAACAAACAAAAAAAACGCUGAUCAAGAGGUGAAGAAUAAGAAGUAUUACAAUCAAACUACAUGAAUUUCUUACAAAUUGGAUUUGUAUCUGCUCUGUAUUAUGUAGUACACUAUGUAAAUGUGUUCUAAUUGCCAAUGUUUUUUGCCACAAAACACCAGUAUUAUUGCUACAAAAGGAAGACGCCAACUAACUAAUAAUUAGCGGGUUGUUUUCUGAAGUCGGUGUUGCCAAAUUUCUUCCUGACUACUUGAUACAUAAAUUGUGUAUUUUCGCCAACAAGCAGGUGUCCAACACGCUUAAAAACUACUCUGUGGAUGAGAAAAGGCAAGACUCAUAGAUAAGUUGCUGAAGUGUUUCUUGAAAUUGUGAAUGUAUAUGAGAUGUCUUGGUAUCAAUAGAUUGUCAUUGUGGAUGCAAAUAAUCAUCACCGAGGAGUAAAAGCUACCUACUGUAUCUGUUUGCAUAUUUGUAAUGUAAAUCUAUUUACUUUCUCAACGUUUCUGCAAUUUUAUAGCAAUAUCCUCCCGACGCUGGAGCAACAUAAUUAAAACUUGUGUCAACUAGCCUACAAUACAUAUCUAAGACUUGAAGAAGUCAUAUUUACUGUGUCAUUCUCUGCAUGUCACGAUAGACAUACAGUAUUGUAAAAAAAACAACAACAAAAACAAACAAAAAAAAUCCCAACUAAAAUAAAAAAAUUAGUGUAGAGAUGAUCAUGGCAAACUUUUACAUACAGCAAAUCUUCACUAUGAUAACGUGUGGUUGUAUAAAAAGCUGAAUAUGUCGUUUGGGGGGAGUGGGGGUGGGGGGGGUCCUCAUUAGGAAAAAAUUAAUAAAUAAAUAGGUGACAGAUGGCACAUGCUGUGCAGUACAGCCAAAUAUAGAUACAGAUCAAUGGUACAAAAAAAAAAUUUCAUCGCUCAUGCUUAUCCACAGUUGCACAUUAGUGAUUGUUCCACCACACCGAAAAACAGGCACUCAACACCCAUCAACACAGACUGUGCAAUAUGGUGCAACUGAUAAGACUGUGAGUAUUGAUCACCUCAAACAGAAUGCUGGAACAAUCUGCACAAAACAUUGUAUACGCUUAGGACAAGUUAAACCCUAAUGUACUGUAAAUAGAUAUGUACAACUCUAUUGAAAAUGUAGCAAUUAUUUCCAUUUUCAUACUUGUAAUCAAUACAUAUUAUGUAGCAUAUAUUGUAUAAACAUAACUUUGUUCACUUGUUUUUUCUAAAAGAAUUAAGUACUUUAUCUGCUGCAGCCAGUCCAUGCAUUACUUAUAGUUCUACUAAUAAACAGUAAGCCCUCUAAAGAAAGGCACAGCCCAACAGUUGUUUAUUUCAAUUUAUGCAAGACUCCCUUUAAGCUGUGUUAUUGAUUUAUUUAUGCCCUUUUUCUACAUCCAUUUUUAUUUGUGUACAGAUUUCCACAGCCUGUUGUCUUGACAUUUUUGAAUACUUGCUGCUAUCUUGAACUACUGGUGUUGUUCACUCAACUAUACAGUGUUACCAUGAGAAACAUUAUUAAUAUAGUGCUUAUUGUGAGAUAUUUGUUUUGGGUUUAUUUUUAUUUAUUAUUUUGGUUUUCUUUCUUUCUUUUGUUUUUCCUUUCUGAAAGCCACGUGAAAUGAAGUUCGUACCUUAAAGAGUGAGCCCGUCUGUAAUAGUAUUAAGGCGCUUGAAUGUCUCUUGGUUGUUGUCGUUUUUAAUGAUAGUAAGCACCAAACUGUACAGUACAGUACACCCAGUGAAAAGAAGACCUAUCUAAGUGUUUGAGAGUCACUACUUGGCCUUUUUUGUUUUUAGCUCCACCUGCUCGCGUUUGAGGAUCAGAGUCCAUUUUCAAGCAAACACAGGCCAGGUUGAAGGAAAUGGGCAAGUGCAAUGCAUGCAGAGAUUCCUUACACUGAAAUGCUCCAAUGAUUCUUACUAUUGUGCCCAAUUUUGAUUGCCGAUACCAAGUAAUCACCUUACUAUGAUUCCUUUUCACGGACUGAUAUGGAACCCUCGGUAUCAUUUCCAGAAUAGUUUACAGAAGCUGUUGGUUUUGUGUGUCUUCUAAAAACAGUGGCCAUUAUAUGAGUGCCAUACUAUAUUGAUAUGGUAAGAUACGGUGUACCUUGGAAAUCACUGUAGUGCUAUAUUUGCAUUGAUAUUGUCAUUGAAAAUAAAUUUUAUAUAAUGAACUUUA